CGGGUCCCAGCGCGCGGUGGUCUGAUGGGGGGUGGUGAGAUGGAGAGCGAUGGAGGAAGUGGUGUGUGUGUGUGUGUGAAUGAGCCGGCCCACCCUUGAGUGUGCGCGAGCGCGUGAGUGUGUGUAUAUGUGUGUCCGGGUGUGCGCACACGCGCCAGGCGGGCGCGCAGACGACCUGCGCAACAUCCUGCCAGCAGGAACCGGGGAGGCCGACAUCAGCGCGGGUUCGACGAGACGAGCCGUGGUGGUUGAGGAGCCAGCAUGGCGUCGGGCCACACGGUCAUGCACCUGCAGAGGAAGCUGAAGGACCUGCAGCGGCAGCGCUGUAGGAGGGGGGGCAGUCAGGAGUCCCGAGUGCUGGGGAUGGUGGCACCCACCAUGAGGACCCCAGCCCUGGGUUCCCCGUUCAUCGCGUCCGAUGGGACCCUUCACUCCCACAGAGGUCUGCAGCCUCACUCCCCCUUGGCACGAGUAGCAGGGAGGGACCUGGACGACUACCGGCCCGUCCCGCCGGCCACGGCCUCCGACGAUCCCAAAGAUCCAACCGCCGGCACUCGGGAGCUCCCUUCCCCGGCCGCAGAGCUCUUACACCCCGGCAGCGCCCCUCUAAAGCCCCCACCGGAGAUCCCCCAGCCGAGGAGGGCCGUCCCCGCGGCGACCGUCCCGCUGUCUGCUCUGACCUGCGACCCCUGGAGGGCGGACGCCUCUCAGGCUUUUCCGGUAAUGCCUGCCAUAGGCUUCAUCCCUCCCGCCAGGCCUCCGGGGGACGGGCCCUUCUUCCAGAGGGAGAGUGCGAACGCAGCCGAGUUCCCCCCAAACAGAGAGGUCCUGUGGCCGUUACCCAACUACCCCGCCAUAUUUCCCGACGCCCUCACCAUGCCUCCUUCAUACCAGUGUCCCACCUACGUGCCUCACCUUCCGCUCCACCCGUCCUGGUACAGGUUGGACAUCCCACCUUUUCUGUACAAGAAGGCCUCCGUCCACCCGUCUGAGCUGAGUGCGUUCCCUCCCCUUCACCUGUCCCACCCUCUGUCCAGGGACACCUUUGGGCUCAAACCGUCUGGGUUUGCGGUUGGCCCUCACAGCAGCUCCGCAGAAGGAAGAAUAGUCAAGGAAGGGGCGGCGAUCCAUAAGAGCAAGGAGAGCAAGCCUGUUUCCCAUUUGCCCCAGAAUGUGCUAAUGCACACGCCAGAACGUCUGCAGAGGAAGGAGGGGAAGGGGCAGAGAAUGGUGGUAACGGGCAGGACCCCCAGUCGAGAUGGGGGCAAGCCAGACAAGAACCGGAUGGUUGCCGUGGAAACGCUUCCUAUCGCCAACUCCUGUUUCAAUAGGCAUAGAAGGGGAUUUUCCAGUUCAGCUCCCUCAGGGCCAGAUGUUCAAGACUUGGGUCAAAAUCCGGAGUGUCAUUUGUGGCCGUGGGUGUCUUUGCAACACACGAAAAAAGCGGCCAGGUCUAAUGGGUUGCUGGUUCCAGGAAGACCUCAGCAUCUGACCAAAGAGGGUCAACUUUCCCAUGUUUUGCCUCCAGUCAAGACCAAGCUGAAGGAUGGUCUCAACAGGAGAGAUGGAGAGAAAGGUUUGGCACAAGUGGAUUCUGGGAGCUACCUGAGACAUCUACUAACAGAACCACGGGAUUCUCUGAAGGCCUUAGACCUCAGUCCAAAGAUCCAGCGAGGUAAAUAUAGGGAUGAGCACAAGGCCACACAGCCGUCCCCCAGCAGAGCUCGAGAUGAGAUCCACCAAAAGGGGGAGAGUGUCUCUUCACGUGGGCAACAAGAAGACUGUUCACCAGCGCCGGCAGAAAAUGAGCAGAAUGAUACACAAGGUCAAAGGUCAGCAAGAUCCAGCUCCAUGCCCAACCUGUUGUUAACUCACAGUCCGCACAGCGAACAUGAAAGACUGAAGGGUUUCGGUGGAAGAGGCAUCAGCACAAAAGAGGAGCUUCAGAAGAAAGAGGUUCACUUGAAAAGGGGAUCUCCUCGGGGUGGAGCAAAUCUGAACCUCAGAGUGCCUGGAAAUGGACACCUAGGCGCUGGGGGGCUGACCUGCACCAAAGGUGCCAAUGAAACAAAUCCAAGCAAAAGGGCACUUGAACCUCCUGCGACAAAAAGUGAAGAAUCAGCUCAGGAAUCUUCCCCAGCGAAGACCAGUAGACUGGGUCACUGUGAAGCCCCAGCAAACUCUUCUUCAUGUACAAUAAGUGGCAGCCAGGAAAGUUCAUGCUCAGCUCAUUGUGAGUGCUCAUCCUUGCAGGUGGGGGGUGAGAAGACCCAAGAGAAUGCGAAAAGAAGACUUUGUGGAAAUACCACGAGCCAGGGGGGGUCGGCAGAACGUUCCCCAGGCGGCUUCCCAAAUCAGUGCUGGGAGGAGCCCGUCCAAGAACAUGAUGGUUACCAGGACCACGCAGAUGGGACGCAUGGUGUUCACGGUCAGGUGGGAGGUUUCAGCAUUUUGGACCUGACCACAUCCAGCUUGUCCAGCGAUGAGGAGACAGAGGAGAAGCCUGGCUGGCAGGGGGUGGAAGGUGUACUGGAGAUGUACAAGUCCUACUUAGAAGAGACCACAUUUGAAGAGAAGAUACUUCAAGAGCAGCUCAGACUUUCGAAAGAGAAAAACAACGAGCUCAGUCGGGUGGCCAAAAAUCUGAAGGCGCAGAUCCAGGACCUGCAGACCAGCAAGGAGAAGCUGGAGGCGGAGCAGCGGCUCCAAGAGGCGGCACUGGACCGGCUCAGGAGCUGCCUUGUCCUCGUCUAGUUGCGGCUUCCCCAUCCCCACACACGGCCGUCCUCUACCUGACACUUCGAUCCACCUUCUUUUUUCACUCUUUUCAUUUCAAAUGGGUACCGUUUUAUUUUAUUCAUAAGCUGGCGAUCGUUUAUGUAAGACGGGAAACAUUUUUUUUUAAUGCCGCUAUGAUACACUCUGGAAUACUCUUGACUCCGCUUAGCUGGUGUAGAACUUUAUACUGUCUUUCACUUUCUAGACAUAAUAGGAGUCAACAUGCAAUUGGUCCACAUGUUUCAAACAUGACAAAUUUUCCAAAAUAUGUUUGUCACGUUAUUUAUAUUUAAUUGCAUUUUCUUUGUUUCUCUAUUUUCAAAAAUAUGUUGCAGAGAACAUAAUGCGUGUAUCCACACACAGCCAUUAGUUGGCUAAAGCGACCAAAACCCACCCAAAAGAGGAGUGUGGGACCAGAUCGAUUCUGCUGGUUCAGCUCGAGUUUGUGGAAACGGAUUUUUUACUUUGAAAUUUUAAUGUA